AUGUCCUCGGCACAUGGCCACGCCGACUCGCAAUCACCACAGCACGCCACAUUCGCACAAGGCCCCAGGUUUUCGCCGCCGAAAUCGCCUUCAAAAAGCACUUCUCCUGUACGCAAGCCGCUUCACGAGCGAUCGAAUUCGCAGACAAAUCAGUACUCGGGUCCAACCAUCCGCAUAGUCGAAGAUCCCGGCCAUGACAUCUAUCAGAAAUAUCCCGUACCCAGCGAACCCUCGCAGAUUCUCCCCCCACCCCGUCAUGCGCCAGGUUAUGGGUUUGAAAGACCGGAGAGGCUAGGACCCCGUGUUUCAGUUGGGAGCCAGGUCGCCAAUACAAUUGCCAAGUUCGAGGCCACCCGAGCACUAGCACCACAGCCUAUCCUGUCGCGAAAGAAGGGUUUCAGGCAUUCGGCCUCGACUAGCAUCUCGGAAGAGGAUACCUUCAUCUCGUCGUCGUUCUCUCCUUCGUCCACGAGAUUUUCACAGGGGAGCACCGCCCCGUCGUCGCCGCCACCAGAGUUUGACGACUUUGAAUCCAGCCUGGGAGUACUUGAAGAGGAACCCUCCUUUGAAAGGUCGAGGUCGACCAUCCGGGCUGUCCCUCCCUCUUCUUCUGGUGGAGAUUCGUCAGAGAGUCGCACCAGCGCAUUGACACUCAAGGCCUCUGCUGCACCUUUUGCCUCAACAGCCCUUCCUGCAUCGACACCUUCAAUAAGUAAUGCCGGAAACUUACCAAGUGUCACUGUCGGCCGACCCUUACCCGAACCGCCAACCCGAUCAACCGACUUGGAGACAGGGGGGUCAAUUGCGUUCACUAGUGACACUAACCAUCGCCAAACUGUACUGAAGUCCCAGCAAAGCACAGAAUCAAUCACCUUCUCUGAUAUUUCCUCCACUAGCAUCGAACCAAUCCAACCCGUAUCAUCACAGCCAUCGCCCACUCUUCAUGAAGCAAGCACAUCGACUUUCGCGAGCGGCAUUCGAGUCAAUUAUCCUAUUGUACGCGCGCCGUCGUCCAAUAGUUUGCGGGCCGAGUCCCAAAGACAACACCGCAUCGCGUCCCGGAUGCAGGACCGCUCAUUGGUGCACAACUGGAGCUCCCAGCUAUCGACCAUUGCCUCGGUAUCCGAACGCGACUCGCGAUCAUUUGUACGAAGCCCACGGACAUCCGGCGCGAGAUCACACUCACAAGAGAGCUAUGCGCAGAGGCGGACGUCGAACACGCGCCGGAGAGGACACACGGUGGGAAGCGGGACGUCAUGGUCACCGGCGGAAAGUGUUGUAUCAUCGGAAGCCAACACCGACCCUUCGGCAAUUCCCCGACCGCUGUUCUCCCCAGUCGGGAGACGCUCUUCGGAAGAAAGAGAUUACUACAACGAGCAUCUGGACACGAUUUCGCCAUUACCAUCAUCGGUGCCAUUGCGCAAGAAAACCUCGGGCUAUCUGCAGAGAUCAAGCAGCGAUGCUACAGAUUCGCGGCCGGGAUCCUCGCAGUCCAAUGUGUCCAGCUUCUUUAGCAGCAACAUCCCCAUGUGGGCAAAGGUGUACUACCAGAGAGGUGAACGUAUCUCAGUCGUGGCUGCUCCAGAGUCAGACUCUUCUGGAAGUAUCCGACUAGGAACUGCCCACAGCGGACGAUCACGUACCCCUUCAGAGAGCCACUUUCCGCUCAGCAUCUACCGCCCGCGCAAUCGUCCCCGCACCCGAUUGUCACACACAGACACCAUUUCAUUAGCCGACGACGCGCAAUCCAUCGAUGGGGGAGUUUACGAAGGAGGGGUGUACAUGGUUGAAGACCGAGGCCAAAUGUACGCGCUGAGUGCCUGGUCAACACCGCAUCUUCGAACCGACCAAAGAGGGCAAUUACGUUACAGCGCGUGGAAUGCGCCUUCAUUAGACGCGGAUGUUCAUCAAACCCUCUUUGGGCGUCAAAAUAGACAAGUCCUACUCUUCUGUAUAGGAUUUCUAUUCCCUCCUGCAUGGAUAAUUGCAGCUUUCCUCCCGUUGCCUCUCGAUCCCAACCAUGUCAUUACCCCUACACCCAGCCAGGCCGACAUAGAGCAGCAGUUCACGCAGACCGUAGCGCAAGCCGAUGACAAAGCCUUCCAAAAAGCGACUUGGUGGCGCAAUCUCAACCGCGUUAUGGCUGGAGUUGGGACACUGUUGGUUGGUGUCAUCAUCGCAUUAGCCAUUCUCGCAGCGAAGCUAUCUAACAAAUGA